AAACAUCAACUCUACAACUGACGGUGAUUGUCUACAAGAAUCUUUAUCCAACCUUGAUAAGUGGAGCCAUGAUAAUAACAUCAAGUUCAACGCAUUAAAAUGUAAGGUUUUGAGCGUGACUCGAAAGAAAUAUCCCGUGACUUACAACUAUCAUCUGGGUUCAUCUUCGUUGCUUCGUGUCCGGAAAGAAAAAGAUCUCGGCAUCAUCGUGACAGACAAUCUCUUGUGGAACUCGCAUAUUCAAAUGAUAACAGCUAAAGCUAACAAGAUGCUUGGUCUCCUAAAGAGAACUUGUCCUUUAUUGACGGAAACCAAAAUCCGGCGUUCAUUAUACCUAUCGCUUGUUAAGUCGAAGUUAUGCUAUGGUACUGAAAUUUGGUCUCCAUCCAAUGUUUCCCUCAAAGUCAAGAUCGAAAGAAUACAACGACGAGCGACAAGAUGGAUCCUAAGAUCAAGAAUAGGUGAGAUAUCAUACCAGGAGAGACUUCAGACUUUGGACAUGCUGCCGCUGUGUUAUGACAGAGAAAUCCAAGACUUGGUCUUCUUCUAUAAGGCACUAUACGGUUACGUAGACUUAGACAUAGGCAAUUAUGUUAGUUUUGUUAGUCAUGAUCGUUCUCGACUAACCUUAAAUCCCAGUCUAUUACUUCAAGUGCCGUUAUGUAGAACAACUACGUUUAAAAACUCUUACUUUAAUCGAACAGUUCAUUUAUGGAAUGUAGUGUGCAGAACUGCAUCACCUAAUAGCUUCGUGACAUUAUUUACUUUUAAGAACUUUCUUCGUCGGACUUAUUCGUUUUUACGUAAUUCAGUUUUUGACGUAGACAUGCCAUGUACCUGGUCUCUUGUUCGAGACUGUCCAUGUCACAGAAACUAAAUUAAAUAAUGUAUAGUUCUUUGAUUGAAGUAAAGUUCUUUCGUGUACAUGCCUAAGUCACACGUUUUCAAAACCAAGUUAGUUUUAUUUUCCGUACAAAUUUUCCAAAAUCUUCAUGCAUUUUACGUAUUUCGAGAUCCUGUGGGUAUGCGCAAAUCGAGCUUUACCUCAACUAUAAUUUAUAGUGUAAUGUAAUUUUUUAUGUAAAGUUUGUAAGGGAGGUGCCUCGCAUGGGCUUUUUCUGACCCGUUUGCACCUUUCUUUUUGGGAAACACCUAUUUAUCGUUAUUGUUAGUAUUCCCAAUAAAGUUAUAAAAGUAAAAAAGUAAAGGAAUAGGGUCAAACUAAAGGGUUGAAUAUAUUACGCCAUAAUUUGUACAGUGUAUUUAUAAAAUUACAGUAUAAUAUUGAAAACAGCAAAGCGGAAAUUUGAAACAAGUCAACUGUAGUGCAUAGUAGGAUACCAACCUUAAAUACUGCGCUUGUUUUCACGUUGAUGAUACACGGAGAUUCCAUCCAACUUUAAUAGAAAGAAGAGCCUUGCUAUUGGGAAUAACACAUUUCCUUCGCGGAUUAUUUAUAAAGCUAUAAAAAGACAGCACGUCCCAUGCAAUUUAAUAUAAGGUAAAGUUGGUAUAGUAACUCACACGUCAUAAUGAGGAUCGCAACAACACAGCAAUAACAUGCUAUUUUGACGAAGUAUUGCAGCCUGAUAAUCUUGUCUUUCGAAUGCUUCCAUAUUUGUUUACUCAGAGAGAUGUUCACUCCACGGCAGUCAAAGAGUCAUUGAAGCCACGCCUGGCAUUAGGCGCUGAAACCCAUGAUGUUUUGCGGCCUGCUUGUCCGACCUCCUCUGACCUCGACAUUGACAUUGUAUUUCAUAUAGUAUAUAGCGCUCGAUGCUUUAUACGCCUAUGCUCUGGUUGAAGGCUUAAUUAAAUAUUCAAUACAAAAUACAUGUAACAAUAACUAAAUACCAAUAGGCAAUAGCUUAUUUAGCCUAAGCCUUACUGGCUAAGCCAUUCUUUCUUUGAAUACCACGACAUUUGAAAACCUUCCCGAUCGUCAUCGGGCAUGUCGAAAGAUCUGGCGUUUGUCUCUGCUUAUAAACAAUAAUAUUCUGCUGAGCAGAAAAUGGUUAUCUCACCAAUUCCCAAACAAUAUCGUUAGCUUCGAGUAAAGAAGAAGUCGACAUGCUUGAAUGACCUGAAGACGUGUUCAUUCAGGCUGAAAGCUUCGAGCUAAGAGGCUGUGAUCAGGUUGUGUUGCCCGUUUAGUCAUGCAAAUCGAAAAUUGCAUGACCAAGGCGUCAAAAACAGCCGCAUUGCGCGUGCGCGAACGUCGUAAGCCAAUCAGAAAUAAUAUAGCUAGUCAUGAAAUUCUGAAAAUGCAUGACCAAAACACACACCGAGCAAACCACGCAGCAAUCACACGCAAUCGUUUUCCACGCGCUUACGCAACCGGUCAUGCAUGUGAAAAUAUGCAGGACCGCUCAGUUGCCUAGGUAACAAUGCCAAAAUCAAUAACAUACGAGAAUAUUUAGCAAAAAUAUCGCCUAAAGACCAUUGAUUUGGGUAAACAAAAUAAUAAAUAAAAUACUUAGGCGGAGAAGUGCAAUGAUAAAAUAUAAUUCUAUUGUAAACAAUUAUACUGAACUGAUUUUUAAACAUUUUUGGAGAAAUUUUUAGUCAUGCCCUGCAUGACCUGCAUGACCGCUGGUUUGGCCACUGAAAGCAGGGCCUGACCUGAUGAGGCAUGCUGCAUCAUCACUGUGGACCCCAGACAGGCUCAAGCAUGGGCACAUAUACAGGGGGGUAAGCCCCCCUAGAAAUUCACCCCACCUACUUUCCCAUUUGCACCACACUAGAAAUUUUUCCACCCUUCCUUUAAAAAAAAUGAAAUAUAAAUAUAAAUAUAAAUAUGGGCCCAUAUAAAUACAUUAACCAGGCUGGCCCGAUUGCGAAGCUUAAAUUUGAAUCAAAUUAUAUAUACUUUUUGCAAACUAAUAUACUGAGGCCUCGUCCUUAAAGAGAAAUUAGUUUGAUCAGAAACAGUUUUGGGCUAAUUUUCAAAAGUUAAACUAAUUGAUGUUAAAGAGUACAUUGUUAAAAGUCCAUUUUUGCCAAAUAGUAAAGUACCAGUACUUGAUGGAUUUUGGGAAUAAAUAUAUUCAUACAGAUUUUAAAUCAAUAUGGAUAGUGAAAAAUGCAAUAAGUGAUAUGUCCAUAUGACUAAACAUGAAAUCUCGCAUGAUUUUCCAUGAAAAAAUACAAAUAUUGGGCUGUUCAAGUAAAUAAACACUGUGAAUAUUGUAAUUUUGGUUGAUUUUUAAAAUGUUAAAACGUUUUUUGGACCUACCACUCAAAUUUGAAUCAAAUUAUACUUUUUGCAAACUAUCAGACACAGGAUCUAUUAUGAAAACAUUUUAGUUAGAUCAGAAGCAGUUUCGGAUGAUUUAUACCUGCUGAAAUUAUGUUUUACCAAUGAACCAAUGGUGUAAUUUAUUAAGUCACAUUUGGGAAGAGCAGUAAAAACUAAAUUCAAACCUACAGUAGUUAGAGUUUGGAUUUUAAUAUCGAUACAUUUAAUUGCAGAAAAUAUAUCUUAAAAAUCAGAACAUAUACUGUAGUUCGAUAUUUCCAUUUAGUUUUAAAGCUAUAGCCAAACAUGCUGCAUUUAAUCACCUUUCCAAAUAAAUCAGUAAAUUUUGAAAUCGUUUGUAAAAAUCUGCAAAAUUAAUGUCGAACAAACAAGCAAGUUCUGUUAAUAUAGAUUUACCUGACAUACUCAUGUCAGGUUUGUUUUUAAUAUUUUCUAGUAUGAUCAGAAGCAGGUUAUUGGCUAGAAAAUCAGUAUAAAUUCAACCAAACCUUCCAAGGUUCUAUAUAUGACAGUCCAGUCAAAACAAAUGCCACUAAACAUUGCAUCGCUUGUAAUUCUUUGUUUAUUAUAAAUUCAUCUUGUUAAAUCCAUCUUCUUACUUUUGAAGAUUAGAUUGACUAGCUAUCUAUCAAAAGUCUUUAAUAAGGCUAAUUUAUCUGAUGAGUGCCACAUCUUGUGGUACGAAACUAAUAGUAAUAAAGAUGCCUAGUGGAAUGUGUUGAGUCGUUGCACUUAUUUUAUAUAUAUAUAUAUAUAUAUAUAUAUAUAUAUAUAUAUAUAUAUAUAUAUAUAUAUAUAUAUAUAUAUAUAUAUAUAUAUGUAUAUAUAUAUAUAUGAUAAAACACGACUACAAGUGCUUUAACUGGCUUAAAAAACGAUCCAUCUUCUGAUGAGUACAUAAGCGAAGUAAUUUUUAAAAUAAUAUAUAUUUAUUUAAAUAAUAUAUAUAUAUAUAUAUAUAUAUAUAUAUAUAUAUAUAUAUAUAUAUAUAUAUAUAUAUAUAUAUAUAUAUAUAUAUAUUUAUUUAGGAAAUUUAUAUUUUUUGUAAUUUAAAGUCAAUAUUUUUAGGGAAUUUUUCGUUUGUAAUCAGCAGUACAGUUGUAUCCUCGAUAGACAUUUUCAUGUUUUGUUCAUAUUUUAGAAUAAAACUACAAUUAUGUUUAUAUUGUAUUUUUAUUGUAAUAUUGUUAUAUUGUAAAUUGUAUUUUUAUUGUAAAUGUUUAAUUGUAAUUUUAUUGUAAAUGCGGCUAUGCCCUGAAAAGUUUGCUCCUUUAAUUUGUUCGUGUGGUGCUACACGCAUUAUACACGCGCUCCCACAUCAGUUGGUGAAUGUGGAGGCAAUUCGAUCAUUGUCGGAUUCUGUUCUGCAUAUAGAUUGUGUUAUUUCGGAAUUUCAAAAUUAUAUGGGAAAGAAUAAAACACGCUUUAGAGAGAGAGAGCUUCGACAAGGUCGAUUAGCCAUAAUGGGAAAGUGAAAAUAAAAAUCACGUUAUUGCUCAAUUGCAACAUCCUAUUGAAAUUGAUGGUAACGACUCUGUUGUGUCAGAUCAAUUAACAAAUCCCAUGGGAAACAAUGAGGCAGAAAACAUUAGUCAACUGGAUGAUUCUACUGAGGCUACAUCAAGCAUGACCGACGAGACUCUCAUUGACAGAGCUGCUGAUUGUUUUGUAGGUGAACAAUACGUAUGUUAA